AUGACGUUGGUUGAGCUUUGGUUGCCAGAGGUUGCUGGACCUUGUGUUACUCGGUUAGUGCUUGGGAAUUCCAUUUUGAAGGGCUCAAGUUCGAAAUUCCUUGCACGCGAAAGCAAGGGGUUUGCCUUGUGGGUCAAUCUCGCCACACCGGGCUUGCCUAGUGCGCUACAAACCAAUCCUAAGGAACUACUUAUUAUGCAUGAUCCAUCGCUCAGUCAAGGAGGUCAGAUGAAUUCCUUUACUUUUGCUGGCAAUCAGUACAUAAUGCAAAAUGGAACUGCUGAGACCUUUAUCUGCGAAUCCAAGAAACUUGAGGAUGCAGUGCAGGAGAUUGGUCUUCAAAUUAAACACCAUGAAGAUAAUAUCAAAUUCUUACAGGGUCAGAAGAAAACAUUGGAUGAUUCAAUUUUUGAUAUUGAAGCUGCUCUCGCUAAGACUUAUUCAGCAAGUGGAACUGGUUCUAAAAAUAAGGAAUCUUCUAAUGGGCAGAAUGAGUUGGAGACCAUUGAAGAAAUCUUAACAUUGAAUUGUCGCCAGCUGCCAACAUAUAUUCCGUAUAUGAAGGACGUUAUAGGAAUUGUUGCUUUGCUUGGGAAGGUUGACGAUGAUAACCUCAGCAGGUCUCUCUCAGAAUAUCAUGGGCUAGAAACCAUGUUAGCAGUUGUUUGCAAGACGCAUGAUGGACUUAAAGCACUACUGACAUAUGAGAAGAAAGGUCCUAUGAAUAAAAAAUCUGGUCUUCAUGGAGUUGGAUCAUCAAUUGGGAGACCUUUGGAUGACCGAUAUCUUGUAAUCUGUCUUGAGAACUUAAGACCAUACACUGGUGAAUUUAUUGCUGAUGACCCUAAGAGGAGGCUUGCCAUAAGGAGGAAGCCUAGAUACGUCAACAAGGAAACUCCUCCUGGUUUUCAUGGUUUUGCUAUCAUAAAGAGUGGUGGUAUAUUUUCCCUAGGAAAAAGGGAAGUACAGAUCAAAUUUCCAAAGAGUUUUGGAAGGUCGUAUCUACGUGAAAGCUACUUUAAAAGUGAGAUCCGGAUGAAGGAGCUGAAGUGGGAAAGAGUGAGAACCGUGCAUGGAUUAGAGAUCCUUUCCCCUGGGAGCUGUUUAAGCUUGUGUUUGCUUUACUAUGCCAUUUAUCAAUGUUUUCUUUGA